AUGUCGAUCGGCGGCGCCGGGGGAGGUGCAAGUCAGUAUGGCGGACGAAGUUAUUCCUUUAAGAUGGUCUUGUUGGGUGAGGGAUGUGUUGGAAAAACAUCUCUCAUCCUCAGGUAUGUGGAAAACAAAUUUAACGACAGGCAUCACACGACUCAACAGGCUUCAUUCUUGACCAAAAAGAUCAAUAUUGGUGGCAAGAGAGUGAAAUUAGCAAUCUGGGAUACAGCAGGUCAAGAAAAAUUCCAUGCCCUUGGACCUAUCUAUUACAGAGACAGCAAUGGUGCUAUUUUAGUAUAUGAUAUCACAGAUGAAGACUCUUUCCAAAAGGUGAAAAACUGGGUAAAAGAAUUACGCAGGAUGUUAGGGGAUGACAUAUGCUUGUGCAUUGCUGGUAAUAAAAUAGACUUGGACAAAGAUCGACAUGUAUCUGUCUCAGAAGCAGAAAGCUAUGCAGAAUCCGUUGGGGCAAAACACUUCCACACUACUGCAAAACAAAAUAAAGGAAUUGAUGAAAUGUUUUUAGAUAUUAGUAAAAGUAUGAUAGAAAAAGCUGACAGCAGUAACCAGAACAAGAAAAGCACCAACAACCGAAAGAGUGUAAUGGUGGUUGAUGAUGAACAGGGAGAACAGAAGUCAAAAGGAGGUUGUUGUUAG